AGAAGGGACGCAGAUGCAAACUUCACGUUUGAAAUGGACUUGUACGCAAGAGGCGUCACAAACAUCUAACGCGUCGUGGACCCAAGCUGGGUACCACCAACCACUAGCAAUGGACUUCACCGCCAACAAGCUCGCCGGCGCCGGCGGCAGCCGCACCAUCGCGUCCACGGCUGACGCGGUGCCGCCGCGGUCCAUAUCGGGCGUUGAAUCCUCUGAUACCCUUGUUAGGUGUGGCGUCGGCGCCGGCGCCGGAGCCGGGGGUGGAGACAGUGGGUCGGACCCCCACGCCGCUCUCCUCCGGCUGGCUGCCCUCGGGGAUCGCAUGACCGCCAUACGGCGCCGCGUCGCCGCCUCCCUCUCGGGCGAGUCCCAGCCCCUGUCCUCAUACGACAUCCACUCCGUCUCCUCCGAGAUCUCCUCCACCGCGCAACUCGUUGUCCUCAACGCCGCAUCGCUCCUCGCUUCCUCCGUCCCCUUCCCGGCCCCAUCUCCUCCCGCCGCUGCCCCGGCCCCCGUCCGAGAGCUCCCCAUCGCGGCCGUCUCCGCCCAAGAGCACCCCCAAGAAGCCGCCAAGGAUGACGGCGACUACGAAGUAGUGGAGCUCGAUGCCGCCGAGCUGCUGGCGGAGCACGUCCACUUCUGCGAGAUCUGCGGCAAGGGCUUCCGCCGGGACGCCAACCUCAGGAUGCACAUGCGCGCGCACGGCGACCGCUUCAAGACCCUGGACGCGCUCUCCCGCCCCGGCCAGGCGAAGCCGCCCGUCGGCCGCGACGUGCGGUUCUCUUGCCCCUUCGCUGGAUGCAACAGGAACCGUGCGCACCGCCGCUUCCGACCGCUCAAGUCGGCGGUCUGCGCGCGGAACCACUUCCGGCGUAGCCACUGCCCCAAGCUUUACUCCUGCGAGCGCUGCGGCGGCAAGAAGCGCUUCGCUGUUCUUGCUGAUCUCCGUAGCCACCUCCGCCACUGCGGCGAGGAGGCACAGUGGCGCUGCUCCUGCGGCACCACCUUCUCCCGCAAGGACAAGCUGUUCGGCCAUCUUGCCCUCUUUGAAGGCCACACUCCAGCCAUCACCGAACCAAACAAGAAUGUGGUGACAGGACUUACAGAGCCGUUUCUUGAUGCGAUGGAAGAAGGAGGAAUUGAAGGGAAUUGUGACCUCGAGGAGGUUGAGGAGCGGGGUUUUGAUCCAGAGUUCUUCAAGGAGUGGAUGGAGGAGCUCAGAGGGAGUGCUGGUGGCUCGAAUUGGCCUGGAUCGGCAGCAGCCGGGCAAUAGCAAUUCCCCAAGGGCUAUUUUCAGUGGUUAACAACAAGGGGCAUUGGCUUACAUCAAACGAUCAGGGAAGAUCAAUGAAGAAUGGAGUAGUGAAGAACUGCAGAGGUGUUUUUCACCCGUGUGUGCGUGUGUUCUAACUUGUAUGGUAUGGUGCAUUUUUUCUCUUGUUUGCUGUUCACUGGGUUGCUGUUCCCUUACCAUUCUGGGUAUGGUGGUUUAUGCUAUGCAAGGGUUCUCCUUUCUGUUGUGGCUCAUGAGACAUGUAAAAUACCCUGAAGAACGGUGAAAUCAGUUUCAGGAAGUAACGCGAAUGACAACACUGCUGGUUCUCA